AUGACAAACCAGCCGACAACCAACCAGUCCAACACAAAAAAGGACAAGGAGAAAGAGGAAACCGCUAGAGAUGACAACACGGACCUUGCAUAUAAAGACGCCGGCCACUGCAGCCGUAGCACCCACAACCUGCUGCUGGGACUCACUGUUCUUGGUGUUGUCAUGGGAGCGGUGUUUGGGAUGCUGCUGCGCUACAUGAAGGUGAAAGAUAUGGCCGCCCUCACCAUGGUCUCCUUUCCUGGAGAAAUCCUCAUGAGGAUGCUGAAGAUGCUCAUCCUGCCUCUAAUCAUCUCCAGCCUUAUCACAGGUCUCGCCGGUCUUGACGCUCGCUCCAGUGGAAGGAUGGGAAGCAGAGCCAUGGUGUACUACAUGUCCACCACUGUAAUCGCCGCCAUCCUGGGAGUCAUCCUGGUUCUGGGAAUCCACCCGGGAAACCCCAAACUGCGGGGCAGCGCCACGUCCACAUCCACAAAAAACCAGGAGGUCAGCAGCCUGGACGCCUUCCUGGACCUGAUCAGAAACCUCUUUCCUGAGAACCUGGUGCAGGCCUGCUUCCAACAGGUGCAGACGGUGUUGAAACAAGUGACGGUCACGGCACCGAACCAAACCGAGCCGGUGGUGGUGAACAGGAAAAAACUGGAAUACAAAUGGGGCAUGAAUGUUCUUGGCUUGAUCGGCUUCUUCAUCACCUUUGGGAUCUGCAUGGGCAGGAUGGGCGAGCGUGGGAGAAUCAUGUGCGACUUCUUCAACAUCCUGAAUGAAAUCAUCAUGACGAUGGUUUCCAUGAUCAUGUGGUAUUCCCCCGUCGGCAUCGCCUCUCUGAUUGCUGGUAAAAUUGCCGCCAUCGGCGACCUUGAGAUGGUUGCUAGGCAACUAGGGAUGUACAUGGUGACCGUCAUCGUGGGCCUGGUGAUCCACGGCGGCCUCAUCCUGCCCGCCAUCUUCUUUGGCAUCACCAGAAAAAGCCCAUUUACUUUCUACUCCGGCAUCUUCCAGGCCUGGAUCACAGCUUUGGGGACCGCCAGCAGUGCGGGGACGCUACCGGUCACUUUCCGCUGCCUGGAGGAAAACCUGAAGAUUGACAAGCGGGUGACUCGCUUCGUGCUGCCCAUAGGCGCCACCAUCAACAUGGACGGCACGGCGCUGUACGAGGCGGUGGCCGCCAUCUUCAUCGCCCAGAUGAACGACAUCACACUGGACGGCGGACAGAUCGUCACCGUCAGUAUGACGGCCACCCUGGCCAGCGUUGGAGCCGCCAGUAUUCCCAGUGCCGGACUGGUGACCAUGCUGCUGAUCCUGACCGCCGUGGGCCUGCCCACUCAGGACAUCAGUCUGCUGAUCGCCGUCGACUGGCUGCUUGACCGAAUGCGAACCUCCAUCAACGUGGUUGGGGAUUCGUUUGGCGCCGGGAUCGUGGAUCAUUUAUCGAGGGCCGAGCUGGCGGAGCUCGAUGCAGUGGAAAUGCUCCCGACAGAGGAGGAGCUGGACUUCAUUCCUCCGCCGCCGAUCCUCACCGAAAUGGACCUGGCCGACCCGCUGAAGCCGCCAGAACUGCCGCCUCGCUCCCCUCGCCCCCCGAAGAUGAACCAUCACAGCAACGUUCUGUCCCAGUCCCAAUCCGCCACUUACUCACCUUCCUGCUCCAUCCGAUCUCCGUCACCUCACUCCGUUCGCUCUCCCUCCCCGCGCUCCGUUUGCUCCCAUUCCCCUCGGCCUUUCCGCACUCAUUCGCCUCGCCUCCUCUGCAGGACGGAGCCUGGCUACUCCGCCCUGCCCAGCCACGACAACCAGAUUUCAACGUUACCGCGCGGCUACAGAGAGAGGAAUUGGGAUCGGGAUAGGGAUCGGGAUCGGGAUCGGGGGCGCGACAGGAUCCGGGACAGAGAACGGGAACGGGAACGCCUGCGGCCAGAGAGCGAAACCGAGGAGGAAGAGGACAGAGAGCGAGUUCUGGGCGAAGUGAGCGACGGCGAGGAGAGCGACGACACCGCGUACGAUCGGCGCUGCGCCAUCUCACCGAGCGAUUUACCGUGACGUCAGCUUAGUCUGUUUGUUUUGGUUUUACGACACAUUUCCACUUUCAGCAUCAAAACCUAGAAAAGUCCAGUAGAGACCACGCAGAAACUCACACAAGCUGCGUUUCCAUGACGAAUGGCCACAAAACGUUGACAUUCCACCGUCAUCACUUCGUUCCUUUCUUUCCUCCGUUGCUUCCUAAAUAGUAAAUUUGCUAGAAAACACUAGGAAAGUUUAUGAGUUUCAAAAAGCCAAAAUUUUUACUUUUGAAACUCAGAAAAUUUCCAAGAUUUUUCUAGAUAAUUUCAGAGAUUUCUAGAAAAAAAUUCUAGAAUUUUU